AGGAAGGGAGCUAAAGGAGCGGAGCGACGAUAGUGGAAUUACCUGACUCGCGGUGUCUCGCGGGGAGGCAGAGUAUAGAGUGGAAGAUGAAGGGGAAAGACUUGCGGAAUAAGGAGGGAAGGAAGGAAGGCAGGCAGGGAUGCCGAUGGGCCGAAGGGAGCUGGGCGAAUUGCAGUUAACAUGCCCGGGUGGUUGCUGUUUAAUUGGGAGCGUGAAAGGGGUCCAGGCUUCUCAAAUUGAGAGAGAGAGAGAAGCAAAGGCAGCCGGGCCUGGUUAAGAUUGCUUUGUGGGCGAUUGUGAAGACUGGCAUUCCGGCGAAGUUGGCGAGCCAGGGGCCGAAUCGAAUAAGGCGGGUGGGGAGGCUCGGUGGAGCCCUGCGGCCAAUUAUGGGGGUGACCUGAAAGCUGCUCUAAGCCACCCCAAUUGCCGCCCUUUCCAGCCCAUCCUGUGGCGUCCUCCCCUUUCCCUGCCUGCCUUUUCUCUCCCCCCCCCCUCUCUCUCUGUCUCCUGCUGUCAAGGUGGGCCGUUGAGAGAGGAAGGUAUAGAGAAGGUUUAUCGGGAGGGACGCAUCUGGAUUAGGCAAGGGGCGGAGGGGGGCGGGAAGAGAAGGGAACUGCCUGGUCUCCCAAGGCGGGUAGGCCCAGCGGCUGUUCGGCUCGUAUUGCCCGUAGUCCUGAAUCCAAGCCCCCUUUUUAAGUGCAGCGGGUGGGGGGGCUUCUUGGACGACCCGUUCUGCGUCAGAUCAGGCGACUAGUCCGCACUACUGGCGGGCGUUGAAGCAGCGGCGUGUAGGGGGGCGACCGACUAUUUAAGCGAAGCGUAGCUGACGGCGGCGGAGUCCCGGCGGGAGAAAGAGAAGAGGGGGGAGGAGAAGAACUAGAUUUAGGUAUCAGUUGGGAACUGCAGCGUCUGGGGGUGGCGAAUUGAGGCCGGGGGAGAGGGACGGGGACGGGGAAGCCUGUGCGGAGAUUGUGACGGCGCGGAUGGGUCUUCCCCCGUUCUGUUGAAACUGGAUGAAGAAAAAGAAUGGAUAUGGGUAACCAACAUCCAUCUAUCAAAAGGCUGCAAGAAAUACAAAAAGAAGUCAAAGAGUUUGAAUCUCAAGUAGUAGCCUUCAGUGGUUUGUCCAGUGAUAGAGCUUACAAGAAAUUAGAAAGGACUUUGACUAAACAGCUUUUUGAAAUAGAUUCUGUGGAUGCUGAAGGAAGAGGUGAUGUUCAGCAAGCCAGAAAGAGGGCUGCCCAAGAAACUGAGAAACUGCUUAAGGAACUAGAGCAGAAUGCAAACCAUCCCCAAAGGCUGGAGAUAGAAUCCAUAUUUAACGAGGCACAGGCAUUGGUGGAGCAAGAAAUCACUGCUUUUUAUAAAGGAGGCAACUCUGUAACUGAGGAAUUUGAAGAAGGUUUACAGGAUAUAAUUUUUAGACUCACUCAGGUAAAAACCGGAGGGAAAAUUUCUCUGCGGAAAGCCAGAUAUCGCACCCUGACCAAAAUAUGUGCUGUUCAAGAAAUUGUAAGUCGUUGUACAAAGCAGCAGCCUUCCCUGCCAUUGUCCAGUGAUGCACAUCCUUCCGUUUCCAAAAUUAAUUCUGUCAUAGGAGAUGUAAACAAAGCAAAAGGGACUCUUAUUGCUGUAUUAAUGGGAGUAAACAACAAUGAGACCUGUCGACAUUUAUCCUGUGUACUAACAGGUCUGAUUGCUGAUCUGGAUGCCUUAGAUGUAUGUGGCCACCCAGAAAUAAGAAACUAUCGUAAAGAAGUAGUGGAAGAGAUCAAUAGAUUGCAAAAAUAUCUGGAUCUGGAAGAAGAAGCAGAUUCCACUUAUGCUUAUGACUUGGCACAAAACGGAUCCAUUAUAAAAAUAGAAGAAAUACAAAAAGAAGUCAAAGAGUUUGAAUCUCAAGUAGUAGCCUUCAGUGGUUUGUCCAGUGAUAGAGCUUACAAGAAAUUAGAAAGGACUUUGACUAAACAGCUUUUUGAAAUAGAUUCUGUGGAUGCUGAAGGAAGAGGUGAUGUUCAGCAAGCCAGAAAGAGGGCUGCCCAAGAAACUGAGAAACUGCUUAAGGAACUAGAGCAGAAUGCAAACCAUCCCCAAAGGCUGGAGAUAGAAUCCAUAUUUAACGAGGCACAGGCAUUGGUGGAGCAAGAAAUCACUGCUUUUUAUAAAGGAGGCAACUCUGUAACUGAGGAAUUUGAAGAAGGUUUACAGGAUAUAAUUUUUAGACUCACUCAGGUAAAAACCGGAGGGAAAAUUUCUCUGCGGAAAGCCAGAUAUCGCACCCUGACCAAAAUAUGUGCUGUUCAAGAAAUUGUAAGUCGUUGUACAAAGCAGCAGCCUUCCCUGCCAUUGUCCAGUGAUGCACAUCCUUCCGUUUCCAAAAUUAAUUCUGUCAUAGGAGAUGUAAACAAAGCAAAAGGGACUCUUAUUGCUGUAUUAAUGGGAGUAAACAACAAUGAGACCUGUCGACAUUUAUCCUGUGUACUAACAGGUCUGAUUGCUGAUCUGGAUGCCUUAGAUGUAUGUGGCCACCCAGAAAUAAGAAACUAUCGUAAAGAAGUAGUGGAAGAGAUCAAUAGAUUGCAAAAAUAUCUGGAUCUGGAAGAAGAAGCAGAUUCCACUUAUGCUUAUGACUUGGCACAAAACGGAUCCAUUAUAAAAAUAGAAGAAAUACGCAAGAACAUGAAAGAAGUUACAGCUUCCCUUUUAAAAAUAGAGAAAGCUUCAGAUUUGUAUCUAAAGUCAAAGACAGAACUGCAAGGGUUAAUCGCCCAGUUGGAUGAAAUAAGCCCAGGCAAUAAUCCCUGCAUCAGAGAAGCCAGGAGGCGAGCCGUGAUAGAAGUGCAAACCCUCAUAACUUAUACUGACUUAAAAGAGGCACUUCUUAAGCAACAAACCUUCGUAGAGCAAGCAGAAACAGACGUCUCAUCACAAAAAGCUAUUUGGAAUAUUCUUGGAAAUGUAGCUCAGAUUCAACAAGAGGUGUUGUCUUUUGAUGGUAACAGAACUGAUAAGAACUACAUGCGACUAGAGGAGCUCCUCACCAAACAGCUUCUAGCACUGGAUGCUAUAGAUCCUCAAGGAGAUGAGCGCUCGAAAGUAUCCAGGAAACAGGCAGUGAAGCUUGCACAGAACAUUCUUUACUAUUUGGACAUGAAAACUGAUGAAUGGGAGUACUAAAAUAAUAUUGGUCUUGUGUGCUAGAUGUUGGUUUCUCUUUUGCACUUUAUAACACUCAGUCUCUCAUAACUACAAGACUAAAGUUCCAUCAUUUGCUCAUCUCUUUGUGGUUGAGUAAAAGUUGGAUUGGGUUAAGCAGCAACUUUUUCCUGCUCGUGCAAUCAGGCAGUGAAGGCAGUUCAUGUACCAAUUAUGUUACAAUUUUUGUCAUAGCCUGUUUUCUGUUGUUUGCAUGAUUUGUGAAGAAGACUCCCAAAACUGCAUUUCCAGCUGUUGCCUAAAGCUUUCUAUAUAAAAUUCUACACCAAGACAUAAUACAGUCUUGCAAAAUCAAAGCAAAACUAAUGAGAAAAUCCAGAGCAAAUGUCAUUCAGCCUUAAACCAGUUUAGAUGUUUGCAGUUGUCUGGAUCAAUCCAGUUGCAAUCCAAAGGAUUAAAUGCAAAUUACUCAUGGUGUUUUGUGUGUUUGAUUUAAUCUUGCUGAUCUUUCAUCUGAGAUUUUUUUAAUAGUUUGGCAUAAUAUGAAACAUGAACAUAUCUGAAAUAUAGAUAUAAAUUGUAAUUGCAUACUUUCUUUUGAUUUCCAUAGGAUUAUUUCAGAAUUUAAAAAGUUACAGUCGAUUACCUUGCACAUUCUGGAGUUCUCAUUAUGUAAACUAGAGGAACACCAGAAUAUAGAAAUGGUAGAAUGCAAAGAUAGAAUGCACAGCAUAGGUUGAACAAUAUAUAUUUCCUGAAUUAUGGUGAACUUUUCAGUAAUCAAACAAUGAUCCUGAAUUUGGGAUCUUAAUAGCUAUUUAGAUAUUUUCCUUUAAUUUUGUGAUGAUUUGGUAGAUAUUGGGCAACUUGUAAAACAUUCCUUUGCAUUUUUAGAUUGAUUCAUCAUUUCUUUUUCCAGACUAAGCUUGACACAAAAAUGUUACUUUUUCUAAGAUUUCAUGUGCUGCUGUUACAGCGUAGAGUGUUGUUUAAAACUAUUUUAUUUUUCCAAAUGGCUGUUCAUUUAUGAUUUAUGAUUUAUGAAGGCAGCAGAUAUUUAUUUGACUUUUUUUAAUCUUUCAAUUCAUCAGAAUGACUAAACAUUUCAGAAAACAGAAUUUAAAAAGUAGAAGCAUUGUUAUGUAUUACUUGAAUAGGUUACAUGUGCUAUUCCUGAGUAUAAAAGGAAAAGUUGCUUUAGUUUUUUUAUUGUCCACCACCACAUUUUGUCCACCACCUUUUUGUCUUCACUGAAGUCUCAUAAUUCAGUAACAGUAUCUGAUAAUAUUUCUGAAUACACCAAACCUAAGUCUGUUUAGCUAUAAUUUUUCCCUGUUGCUUAUAAAUUUGGAAUAGGAGAAAUCAACAGCAAUCAUAUUUUUAGAACGCAUUGUUAGUAACAUCUAGAAACCUGCUGUCAAUUAAUAUGUAGAAUAAUACGUUUCUAAUCCAAUCUCCAUAUAGUAAUCAAAAUUAUUGGCUUGUAGAAGAUUAUUUCUACAAUACAUGAUUAAUGCAUGCUGAGAUAUUACAUUGAUGUCUAUGAAUAAAGUUUUAGUAUAGAAUUAAAAGGCAUAAGGCUUAUUCUUGAGAAACAAGUGCCUUUUAAAUGACCUUUGAAUUUGUAGCACCUUGUAGCUAUGACUGCUGUAGUUGACUUCAUGGUGUUUUUCAGUGAACUUUUUUUCUGUAGUAUGGAUUACUUAUCAGUUACAGCUUUUAAAAAGCUAUCAUAUUUGUAAGUCUCUACUGUGAUAUUAGCAAAUGCCUAAAACCUUGAUGAAGUCCUUGGCCUAGUCUCAUUGGCUCAAUUCACUGAUCGUUAGUGUGCUUCAUUUCUGUAAAAUGUAAAUAGGAGUAGUAGCUCAAUUUACUUUCAAAUUAAUUUUGAACUUGCUGCACAAAAAGGUUUUUUUUAAGCUUGAUGCAUUUUUUGUUGUCCUAAUAUUUUAGUGAAUCUGUGUCAAUUAACAGUAAUAAGAAUCCAAAAUGGUCUAAUAAGCAUUUUGGUAGCUUCAUCAUCCGUGACUUCAUUUUGUCCUUUUUCUCGUUGCUUAAAACGAUUACUUUUAACUGCUUGUACUGUUCUAGUUUGGGUCCUUAGUAAACUGUCUAGCAUAUUGGAUUAAAAUAUUUCCAUUUUCAUUAGAAAUUUUCAUUCUAGCUACAUGGUUUAACUUUUGAUCCCAAACUCUGCACACAUAGUUUCCACAUGAUUUGGAUUCCUCAUUAAUACAGCUUUCAAAACAGUAAUACAAGUGUUUUUCUUCCAGUCCCUUCCCACCCCCACCCCCUUCUUCAACUUCCAUGUGGAAGCCAUUGCUUAUUUGAGUACUCUGAAAUGAGAUGGCAGAUUAGACAUGCAAUUUUAGGGAACAAAUAAGUAAUUGGUUGUGUAUCUACUUGUCCCUUACCUCACAGAAAACUCUUCACCAGAAGAUACCUUUGUGAAAGGAAGAGAAAUAUGAUUACUGCUGAUAAUUCUCUCUCUCUACCUCCCUGGAUUCCAUAAAAUAAUCUUCAGUGUUUGGGGAACAGCAUUACAUUUGGUGUUGGGAAUUGUAGCAGAAAGAAAGUUUAUAUUUGGAUUUAGUUUUUAUGCUGUUUAUGCAUCAGAAAUAGAUUCUUAAUGUUGGCUACUAGUUACUAGCAUCUUGCAUGGGGCAAAAAAUCUAUUUUCAGUAAAUUCCAACUGUAGUGGAAGAGAAGAAAGUCCUUUAUUCCCAUGCAGUUCUGAAGAAGUCUAGCAAUGAUUUGGGGAACAUUCUGGAAUCAUAGAGUGAGUGGUUUAAAAAGAAUGGAAAACUGUAAAAACAGUUCAGAACUGUUUCCCUUAUGCACCUAAAGGCUAUUCUAUUUUGCACCACAUACAUCCCGGUUUGUUUGUUUUUUGUUAUUUUAACUUUAAAAUUUUCUAUUAACUUUUGCUCAUAUUUUACACAUAACUGCAGUGUUGUUAUUCUAAACUUCAACACGUAGGCUUCUAGUACACAGGGACAUUCUUACAGUUCUCAUGACUCUUGCACCUUGUAAAAGCUGCAGGUUUUAAAGAGAAUGUGUAAUAAAAUUACAGUAGAUAUUGUAGUAAGCAUAAUUUCCCAUUUUUCUAUUUAAAAAUAAUAUCUGGCUUGCAAAUUUAAGUGUGCUUUGCUGAUUUAUAUUAAGUUACUUGGUAUAACUAUAAAUCUGAUUUUUGCAUGAAUAAAUAUGAAAAAGUAAAUAUGAUAAACCAAAAUGAAACAUUGUAAAUUUGGUUUGCGCUUUUAAGAAUAUUCUUUUUUUACUUAACAUGCAAGUAGGUUACAGCACAUAUUUUCCAUUGCAAUGAUUUAACAGUCUAUUCUGCAGUUCUGCAUUGGACCAGAUCAGAGGUUCUUUUUUUAAUAUGAAGGUUUUUGUGCAGUGCCAUAGUAUUUAGGGUGAGAAACAUGUAAUUCUACUCAAAUACAUCAUGAUUUUGAUUGUAUUGCUUUAAAUGUUCUGUUGCUCUAAAUAGCCGCCUGAUAGCUUUCUGAUAUUUUUGCCAGCAACCAGGAAACAAUUUUGUUUUGAACAGUUUGAAAUUAACUAUUCCAAUAUGAUUGGCAAACCAUUGUAAUCAGAUUUUAUAAUUAAGCUUUCUCUGGGCACUAGACCUAUAGUUGGUACAUAUUCUGUUGUAUGUUAAACUUGAGAACAAGUUACCACUUGGCUGAAGCUUGCUGUUUUUUGAAGAAGUGUAUUAUCUCAUGUUUAUGUAUUGCACUGUUCAGUAUAAACAGAUCUGGAAAUCAAUAAAUUAUUUGGAUGUUG